UGUAAAAAGUGGCAGUAUGGUAUUCAACAGUCAAAAUUAUCCUCAUUCUUCGUUCGUAUGCCUACCUUGGAUAUAUUAUUUUUCUAAGUGAUAUAAUUUACUAAAAAUAAAAAGUGCGAUAAUAUAUUUUUUACAAAAUGUCAGAUAAUUCUACCAUGGGACUGUUAAUGAUGUCAAACCCCGUGUUCGAAUGUUAUGCAUUUUACAGUAGUAUUCUUAUUUUAAAAAUGAUUAUGAUGUCUUUUCUAACAGUACUUCAACGAUUUAGAAAAAAAAUUUUCAUAAGUCCAGAAGAUACUUCAAUCAGCAAAAGAGGUGGAGAAGUUAAAUAUGAUGAUCCUGAUAUCGAAAGAGUAAGAAGGGCACAUUUAAACGACUUGGAAAAUAUACCUAUAUUUUUAAUUACUGGAUUACUUUUGGUAGCCUGCAAACCUCCAGAAAUGAUAGCUAACAAUAUGUUUAGAAUCUAUACAUUUGUAAGAAUAAUGCAUACAAUUGUUUAUGUGUUCACGUUACCCCAACCUACAAGAGCAAUAUUAUUUAUUGCAGGAGUAAUCAUAAAUAUUAUUAUGAUAAUUUAUAUUAUCUUCAGUAUGCAUAAUUUUUAA